AUGGACACCUGUGGUGGCCGUCAAACAACACCAGGCCCCUCGUUUGUACCUUAUGGCGACCCCGGAUGGAACGCGGAUGCGUCGAAAUCGCUUCAAUCUUCAGCCGACCGAGGAGGAGACAUCUCCAGCCCAUACCCAGCAUGGGAAGCAGUAGCCAGUGAUAAGUCAAAUACUUGUAUGCAACCAAACAUUGAUGCUGGUAUCGAAAUACCAGAAAUAGAAUCACAUCCCAAUAUUCCGCAGAAGGAACAACCCGCUAGAAGAAGUCUAUGGAUUCGAAGCCCACCACAGCGUCUUAUUGAAGCAAAAUAG